UGGACAGCGCUCAAUGACCCAGACUUUGCGCAUGCGUCUUACUGCUGCCUGAAGCCGAACCUCGGGGGCCCAGGACACCUUCCUGCACAUGCGCAGGAGGCUCAAUGACAGUCGAGCGUUGGCUAAGGCUCCCAGGAAAGGGUCUGGCCAUGCUGCAUAUGACCCGGGGGGUCUGGGCAUCCAGGGUGCGAGUAUGGCCCCUGUUGCCCGCGCUCCUCGGGCACCCCCGGGCCUUGUCGUCGCUGGCGGUCAAGAUGGGGGAGUACCGCAAGAUGUGGAACCCCACGGAGCCCCGCGACUGGGCCCAGCAGUACCGCGAGCGGUUCAUCCCGUUCUCCAAGGAGCAGCUGCUCCGCCUCCUGAUACAGGAAUUCCACUCCAGUCCCGCAGAGAAGGUGGCUUUGGAGGAGUUCUCGGCCCACGUGGACUUCUGCACCCUGUUCCACUAUCACCACAUCCUGGCCCGGCUGCAGGCCUUGUAUGACCCCAUUAACCCCGACCGGGAGACCCUCGACCAGCCUUUGCUUACGGACUCCCAGCGUCUGUCUAAUGAGCAGGAGGUGCUUCAGGCUCUGGAGCCCCUUCUGGCCCAGGCCAACUUCUCCCUGCUCUCCGAGGACACCCUGGCCUACGCUCUGGUGGUCCACCACCCUCAGGAUGAGGUCAAGGUGACAAUAAAUUUGGAUCAGUAUAUCUACAUGCAGUUCUGGGCCCUGGGCCAGCGAGUCGGGCAGAUGCCCCGUAAAUCCAGCGUGGGCUCCAAGCGUGGCUUCUUCACCAAGUCGCCCCCCGCGGAGAGGAGAUACUUUAAGCGGGUGGUGCUAGCAGCCCGAACGAAGCGGGGGCACCUGGUGCUGAAGAGCUUCAAGGACACGCCGCUGGAGGGCUUGGAGCAGCUGCUGCCCGAGCUGAAGGUGCGCACGCCCACCCUGCAGCGCGCCCUGCUCAACCUCACGCUGCUCGUCUCGGGCGUGGUCUUCUUCGUCAACGUGUGCAUGGUGGUGCUCUCGGACCUCAAGGUGGCCACGUCCCUGCUGCUGUUGUUCUUUGCUCUCUUCAUGGGCGUGCGGGCCUCCAAGAUGUUCGGACAGCGGCGCAGCGCGCAGGCGCUGGAGCUGGCGCACAUGCUUUACUACCGCAGCACGUCCAACAACUCGGAGCUGCUCAGCGCCCUGGCCCUGCGCGCGCAGGACGAGCACGCCAAGGAGGCGCUGCUGGCGCACAGCUUCCUGGCCCGGCGGCCCCAGGGCGCGCGCCGCCCGCCCGAAGAGACCUCCCAGUGGCUGCAGUCGGAGGUGGAGAACUGGCUCCUGGCCCAGUCAGGCUGUGACGUGGCCUUCAACGGAACUCGGGCCCUGGCCCACCUAAGAGCCCUGACCCCCAGCGUCGGGAUGUACCCGCCCCCGGGUUUCCCCAAACUAGACCCGCUGACUGCAGUCACUUCCGAGUCCCCCCAGGCCGCACCCAGCAGUGCUAACCCGUGACAGAAACCUCUCUGCCCAGCCCCGCCCAGCCACCUGGUUAGGAACUAAGCCCCGCCUCCUCCACGACAAGCUGUCAAUCAUGCUUUGCCACUUCCCAAUUUCCACUUACUGUGCUCAGAGGCAAUCACUUACGCUACACUGUAUUCUUAAAGCCGCCCAUCAAGGCAGCCUGCAUUCGCUAGCCCCCCUCUCCUGUUGAACGGCCAUCCAAGCUUUAUGGCUCCGCUCCUAUUCCAUCUCUUAGUCCCACCCCCGCCAUAAACAUCCAAAUGUGGUUUGGCUGAAAAGGGAGUGUCAGCCAAUCGCAGCUGUUCAGCGCUACAAACCACCAGCACAGUUUAGCUGUGCCCUCCGGGGGCUCCAUAUCGUUGGCUUUUUAGCCUGCUCCGGGCAAACUGCCCAUCAUGUUCACCAGGGCGGAGCCCCAGCCCACAGCCAAUGAGAGCCGGUCAGCCCUGCUCUCUGGCAAACUGCCAAUGACAGCUGCUGGGCGCCGUCCGCUUUGGGCAGCCACUUGUGUCUGCAUAGAAGCAACCAAUCAGACUUUCUAAAGGAAACCUGAUCUUUUUAUCAAUUGCCGCUACUUACAAGGCAGGCCAUCUGGUCAACUGCUGAUCAGCUUUUCCAGGCUGA